AUGCCUGAACCGACUGUGCUUCGCAAGGAUCAAUUAGAGAUCAGCUUGCACAAUGAAAAGAAACUGAUCAAGGAGGGAACCAUCAAGGACGAUAACCCUCUCGAUCUUAGUGAACCGUUUCGGGAGCUCUGCGCUGCUUGUCGUAAGGGGGAUCUCAAAGUUUGUCAAGAGAAGAUCACAGAAGGAGUCAAUAUUAAUGCCCGCGACCCCUAUGAUUACACCCCCUUGAUCUUGGCAAGUCUCUGUGGCCAUUACGAGGUUGCCCAAUUGCUUCUCGAGUCCGGUGCAUUAUGCGAGCGAGAUACAUUCCAGGGGGAAAGAUGUCUAUAUAAUGCUCUGAACGACCGCAUUCGGAAUUUGUUGCUUGAAUAUGACUAUUCUAAAUCGACUGACCCCCUUCAGCCCCUUGCGGCUCACAUCUCCUCCCUCCUCACCCGCGACCAGCCUGGGACGUCUGAUAUCGUUGUGACUGCCGAGGAUGAGUCUCUGUACUUACAUAAAUUCAUACUCUCUGCACGAUCACCUUACUUCCGGAGGAAGCUGGCAGCUUCCCCUGAUACCGCAGCAUGGAAGCUCCCCAGCACUAUACCGCCACAGGCUUUUGCAGCAGCGAUCAAAUAUCUAUACUUGGGAGAAGCACCCCGUGAAUUAAGAAGUGGACCCGGCACGGGUUUCACUGAAUCGGAAGUCUUUACUGGCAUUGAUAGGGUUGCCAGUCACUUGGAAAUCGACACUCUUGUGGAUAGCAUUCUUGACAGCGGUGAUAGGAGAUUAGCCAGGCAGAGGAGGACUACGGAACUUACAAAGGGAAGAGACCAAUUAGAGGAAUGGUUCCGCAACAAUGUUCUACAAAAUAAGUUGGUAGUCGAAACGGCCAAGGCAGAGGACAUCAAAUGGGAUCGCAACAAUGCUAUAUAUGCAGAUGUCUUGCUUCAAGCUGAUGAACUGCCGGAGAAUACGGAUGAGCAUAGCAACGGUACCCUGCAGCCAGGAGGCGGUGCCAAUGCUGAUGCAAAAGAGCAAACCCAGAAGUCGGUCCUCUUUCCCUGCCAUCGGGCAAUGCUUUUGAGGUCUGAAUUCUUCCAUACCAUGUUCUCGUCACCAUUCCGCGAAGCGCAUAUAAAAGAUGAUUUACACAUCAUCAAUGUCGACUGCUCCCCGGACGUGCUAGAAAUUAUCCUUACGUUCCUGUACACCGAAAGGGCCGAUUUCCCGCUUGAAGUUGCGGUUGACGUUCUGUUCGCUGCAGACAUGCUGUUUAUAGAGAAGCUUAAAACCAGAGCAGCAGUCGUGAUCAGCACCCUCGGUAGCGGUAACAUGUCCCAGGCGGAAGCUGCGAAGACCCGGGGCACGAAGGAGGAAGAUGACCUCGACAUAUAUGCCAUUAUUCGAGCUGCAUGGAUGACACGAGUUCAACGACUGGAGGAAUUCGCGGCUCGCUACCUGGCGUAUCGGCUGGAAGCCCACAUUGACUCACCUGAGUUUGCUGAACUAAUUCAAGAGUCGGCAUCCCGUAUCCAAGGAAGACAGGAGACCGAUUCUAUCGAGCUGCUGGACGACAUUCGCUUUUAUCUAGGCGAGCGAUUCAGACUCAGGUUCGACGACACAGGCCUCGAAGAAAUGAUGGAAGAGGAGGCCGAGCAGCAUGCCACCGGCGCGAACGCCAACGAUGAGAGUAUUGAAAAGGUUGUACAUGGUGUAGAAUCAAUUGAUCUUACAGACAAGGGUUCAGUUGAAGGGCUGAGGGGCGCAGGACAUAUUUCCCAGGAAGCACAGGAUCAUGACCAUAUCAUGCGCAACUUGAACGGAGAAAUUGUUGUGGAUGAAUUCGAUAAGGAUUCGAUGAACUAUCACAUCUUGAUGGAUAAACUCGACAAAAUCUUGGAGAACUUGGACUUGGAAGCUUGA